AUGUCAACAUUUUCCAAAGUAAAUUUCAAGACGCUUAACUACAAUUCAUUCAGACCUCAUUAUCCAUCAAGUUUCUAUAAGAUCUUAGCCAAUUAUGUAACCAAAGGAGAUGAAUCAAAAUUACCACUUGGUAAAUCCAUUGAUCUUGGUUGUGGUACUGGUGUUGCCACAUAUCCAUUAUUAAAUAUUUCUCAAGAAGUAUAUGGACUUGAUCUUUCCCCCAGUAUGAUUGAAACUGCCAAUUCCUUAAUUGAAUCACGUUUAGCAGAAUUGGGUAUUUCUGAUUUGAAUAGAAUUAAAUUCAAAUCAGGUGCAGUUGAGGAUUUUGUUAAUAAGAAGCAAUCUUCUAAAGAAGAAGGAUUGGAAGAAGGUACUAUUGAUUUAAUCACGGCAGCUCAAUGUAUUCAUUGGUUUAAAGAUUAUGAUUCAUUUUUUGAAAAUGCUGCUAAGUUGUUAAGACCAGGUGGAGUAUUGGCCUAUUUCUUUUAUAAUGAUCCAGUUAUUGUUGAUUAUUCUGGAUCAGGUGCUGAUAAGGAUGAAGUUGUUAAUAAAGCUAAGAAGAUUUAUUUUAAGUAUGUUUAUGAUGAUCCAAAGUAUAUCGGACCACAUUGGGAACAACCUGGUAGAAAUAUCGUGAAACAUUUCCUUGAAGAAGUUAAUGCAAAAGUUCCAAAAGAGUUAUAUACUGAUAUUACUAUCAAUACCUUCAAACCUAGUCCAAGCAAACCGGUUGCUGAUAUUGAAACUGAUCUUGAUUUAAAGAAGAUGAAUCUUUCCCUUAAAGGAUAUGUUGAUUAUCUUUCAACUUAUAGUGGGUUUCAUAACUAUAAAGAUGCUACUGGGGAUAAGGAUGACGUACUUGAAUUAUUCUUAACUGAAUUAGAACAGGAGACUGGUUGGGAUAGAAAUACAACUAAAAUUGAUUUAGUAUGGAAUACUGGUUAUACAUUUAUUAGAAGGAAGUAG